AGGUCCACCAGCCCCCUCUCUCUCUCAAGAAGAAGAGAGAGACAGUAAGCUAAGCACGCAAAGCCUAAAAGCCCGAGACCCUAAAUAGAAAUCCAUAAAUACCCUCUCUCUUCCCCAAAAAUUCCAUCUGAAAGAAAUCUAGAGAAACCAGCACAAAAUUUUCUCUAUAGGAUAAAAUUCUUCGCUUAAUCGCCGUCCUAAUUGGUACGUUUCUUUCAAUCUCUUCCUUCUUUACGCUUUGCUAGUUUGCUUAAUCCUCUCUUUUCUUGCUUCAAAUCCUUAGUUUAGGAUCAUCAUCAUGUUUGAGAAAUUUGGAGUAAAGUUAGGUUUAGGAUUAGGGUUAGGGUUGGGGUUUAUUAUGGCUAUGGUACCGAUCUUUCUUGGUAACAGUUAUCUGAACACUUGUGUCGUUUUGGUCAUAUCCAUGGGGUUUUGUGGCGUUUUGGGCAGCUUACUGCACUUUAUGCUUCCAAAAAAGCGAGCUGUUGAAGAGGUUGUUGUAGAAGAAGGCGCUAGCAACAAAAAGAAGGAAAACAGCGAAAGUAACACCAUCAAGAUCCGUUGCGUUGCAACCACUGCAAACGACAGCAGUUCCGGUAGCAUAAUCGUAAACAACAGCAACAACCAUCACCACAGCAGCUCUACUAACAGUAGCGGCACUAUUGAGCCUCCCAUCAUGGCCCCAGGCGGUUUGAACCAGCAGGACAUCGAUGAGGAUUUGCACAGUCGGCAGCUGGCUGUGUAUGGGCGUGAGACUAUGCGAAGGCUUUUUGCCUCAAAUAUCCUUGUAUCCGGGAUGCAGGGGCUCGGGGCUGAGAUAGCAAAGAAUCUCAUUCUUGCUGGUGUGAAGUCUGUGACCUUACAUGAUGAAGGGGAUGUGGAAUUUUGGGACUUGUCUAGUAAUUUUGUUUUCUCAGAGAAUGAUGUUGGUAAGAAUCGAGCGCUUGCUUCUGUUCAGGAAUUGCAAGAACUCAACAAUGCAGUGGUAAUUUCUACAUUGACAACGAAGUUAACAAAAGAACAACUUUCUGAUUUUCAGGCUGUUGUAUUUACUGAUAUUAGUCUUGAGAAAGCUGUCGAGUUCAAUGACUACUGCCACAACCACCUUCCUCCAAUCUCGUUUAUCAAGGCUGAUGUUAGAGGUCUUUUUGGUUCUGUGUUUUGCGACUUUGGGCCUGAUUUCACAGUUUUGGAUGUCGAUGGAGAGGAACCUCACACUGGCAUAAUUGCUUCCAUUAGCAAUGACAAUCCUGCUAUAGUUUCAUGCGUGGAUGAUGAAAGGCUUGAGUUUCAGGAUGGGGAUCUUGUUGUGUUCUCCGAAGUUCACGGAAUGACUGAAUUGAAUGAUGGGAAACCAAGGAGGAUUAAAAGUGCCAGGCCAUAUUCAUUUGUUCUUGAGGACGACACCACAAAUUUUGGGCAAUAUCAUAAAGGCGGUAUUGUCACACAGGCGAAACAGCAAAAGGUUUUGAACUUCAAGCCGUUGAGAGAAGCGCUUAAAGAUCCUGGUGAUUUCCUUUUGAGUGAUUUCUCAAAGUUUGAUCGCCAGCCUCUUCUGCACAUAGCAUUCCAAGCAUUGGAUAAGUUUGUGUCUGAGAUGGGUCGGUUCCCUGUUGCCGGUUCAGAGGAAGACGCUCAGAAAUUUAUCUCUCUGGUUAGCAAUACCAAUGAGAGUUUGGGAGAUGGGAAAGUGGAAGAUAUCAACCCAACACUUCUACGACAUUUCGCAUUUGGUGCUAGGGCUGUACUGAAUCCCAUGGCUGCUAUGUUUGGUGGUAUUGUUGGGCAAGAAGUUGUCAAAGCAUGCUCUGGAAAGUUUCAUCCUCUUUAUCAGUUCAUUUAUUUUGAUUCUGCGGAGUCUCUUCCUACAGAAACUCUGGAUGCCAGUGAUUUUAAGCCAUUGAACAGUCGUUAUGAUGCACAAAUUUCAGUGUUUGGGUCAAGGCUUCAGAAGAAGCUAGAGGAUGCUAAGGUAUUCAUAGUAGGAUCGGGGGCACUGGGAUGUGAGUUACUGAAGAAUGUAGCACUUAUGGGAGUUUCAUGUGGCAAACAAGGAAAACUGGCAGUCACUGACGAUGAUGUCAUUGAGAAAAGUAAUCUCAGUCGGCAGUUUCUUUUCCGUGAUUGGAACAUUGGUCAGGCCAAGUCCACUGUUGCUUCUGCUGCUGCUGCAUCAAUAAACCCUCGUCUUAAUAUUGAAGCCUUACAGAAUCGUGUGGGUCCUGAAACUGAAAAUGUAUUCGAUGAUAGCUUUUGGGAGAGCUUAAGUGUGGCUAUUAAUGCAUUGGACAACGUAAAUGCAAGAUUGUAUGUUGACCAGAGGUGUUUAUACUUUCAGAAACCGCUUCUCGAGUCGGGUACACUCGGUGCCAAAUGCAAUACACAGAUGGUUAUCCCUCACCUUACAGAAAACUAUGGUGCUUCCAGAGACCCUCCUGAGAAACAAGCACCGAUGUGCACUUUGCACUCUUUCCCACAUAACAUUGAUCACUGCUUGACAUGGGCUCGAUCUGAAUUCGAGGGUUUGUUUGAGAAAACUCCUACUGAGGUGAAUGCCUUUCUGUCUAACCCAGCUGAGUACAAUGCUGCAAUGAUAAAUGCUGGUGAUGCUCAGGCAAGGGACACCUUGGAGCGUGUUCUUGAGUGCCUGGACAAAGACAGAUGUCUGACAUUCCAAGAUUGCAUUGCAUGGGCUCGUCUAAGAUUUGAAGAUUAUUAUGCACAUCGUGUUAAGCAGUUGAUUUAUACAUUUCCUGAAGAUGCUGCGACCAGCAACGGGGCUCUGUUCUGGUCAGCCCCAAAGCGAUUUCCUCGUCCACUUCACUUCUCAACUUCUGAUCCCAGUUAUCUUCAUUUUGUAAUGGCAGCAUCCAUACUGUAUGCAGAGAUAUUUGGCAUCCCUGUUCCUGACUGGGUCAAGCAUCCAAAGGUGUUGGCUGCUGCUAUUGAGAAAGUCAUAGUCCCAGAAUUUCAACCAAAGAAAGAUGCCAAGAUUGUGACUGAUGAGACAGCUACUAGUAUCUCAACUUCUUCUGUGGAUGAUGCAGCAGUUAUUCAAGCAUUGAUCACCAGGCUGGAGGAGUGUAGAAAGACCCUGCCAGCAGGGUUUAAGUUGAAACCAAUUCAGUUUGAGAAGGAUGAUGAUACAAAUUUCCACAUGGAUGUGAUUGCUGGGCUUGCCAACAUGAGGGCAAGGAACUACAGCAUUCCUGAAGUUGACAAGCUGAAGGCCAAGUUCAUUGCUGGAAGGAUCAUCCCUGCGAUUGCAACAUCCACAGCUAUGGCGACAGGUCUUGUGUGCCUGGAGCUGUAUAAGGUUCUGGAUGGUGGGCAUAAGCUGGAGGAUUAUCGAAACACAUUUGCCAAUCUAGCCCUGCCGCUGUUUUCCAUGGCUGAGCCCGUCCCACCAAAGGUGAUCAAACAUCGUGACAUGAGCUGGACUGUUUGGGACAGGUGGAUUAUACGAGAUAAUCCCACUUUGAGGGGACUUAUCCAAUGGCUGAAGGAUAAGGGGUUGAAUGCCUAUAGCAUCUCUUGCGGAAGUUCCCUGCUCUAUAAUAGUAUGUUCCCUCGGCACAAGGAGCGAAUGGACAGGAAGGUGGUGGAUCUGGCUGUGGAAGUGGCUAAGGUUGAGUUGCCUCCAUAUCGUCAGCACUUUGAUGUUGUCGUUGCAUGUGAGGAUGACGAAGAUAAUGAUAUUGACAUCCCUCUGAUAUCCAUUUACUUCCGUUAGUCCUUUUUUUUUUUUUGGGCUUCCUUGGAUCCCUUGCUGUUAGACCAUGAUUUAAAGAAGAGAUUUUCUCUCGGCUAGUUAUAGUUGAUUCCUUUGUUGUAUGCAAAGGUGAUAUAUUGCACAACAUUGUGACAUGUCUUGUAUAAGUUCACACUGAGAAUGCAUUAACUUGGCAUUUGUUGGCUGCGUUGUUGCAUGGGUUGAUAUUUUUCAGUUCCUUUUU